UGUACAUAUAUAUAUGCUAAACGAAGAAGAAAAAAAAGAAUAGUCAAGUUGAAGCUCUUUUUUUCGUGGAAAUCUUUUUUACCAAACAACGACCUAAAUACAAAAACAUUGUUGCGAAGUGUUAUCAGUAAUUAUUUCGUUGGUUGUUGUCGUCGUUCAAAACUAACGAAAAUUUAAGUAUCGAAAAAUAUUCCAAAUCGUAUUUUUUUUUUUUUUGUUUUCUUUUUUUCGGUGAUAUAUUUUUAACAUGAAGCAUUAUCAGUACUCAGUAUUAGUGUAUUUGUUCCUCAUCAUGCCCGCCCCGCUACUUGCCUUUAAUAUCAUUAACAUAAAUAAGCAAAUGCUGUAUGAGUACGUGGGAACGGUACAUGUGGGGGCAAAAGCACCGCAAGACGAAGAAUUGCCAGCACCGCCGACUUCCGGUUGGAUUGUGCGGGGCAAAUUAACGUUACAAAGACAAAGCAAUAGCACUCUGGCAGCCGCACUUGUUAUUGACGAUGUUACGCUUAAUAACUCGGGUGAAAAGUUUUUGCAAAAUAAGGAAAUGUAUCCGGCUUAUAAGCCAUUCAAGAUUGUACUGAAACCAGAUGGCAGCGUCUCUCAUUUGUUUUUCAAAGAAGCGGAUCCCAUAUGGUCGACAAAUUUUAAACGAGCCAUUGCCGCAAUGCUGCAAUUCCAAAUCAAAAAGUCGGGCGCAUUUGUAGUAGACGAGAUUGGUAUACACGGUGAAUGCUCUACGGAAUACUUCAUAUCCAAUAAGACUAAUUAUAUAUCAAUACGUAAGACACCAGAACUUAGUACCUGUAAACCACAUGCCGAAUCCAUACAUGUGAUACGUAGCAAUGUGCCGACCAAUACAUGUAAAUUUGAUUUUCAACAGAAUGUCAUCAGUGGUAAUGAAGCUAUAUACGGUAUGCUACCACAUCCAGAGAAUGGUUAUUUCUUAAGUAUGGCUCACGUAAAGGGUUCCUCUUUGAUACACACUUUCGAAUCGACCGGUGAAGCUCAAUUCAUUAAUUCUGAAUUACUUUUGAAUUUUUUGAAUGAAACGACCAUCGAUAACCCAAUUGAUAUUGAGACUUCUAUGUCCACGGAAGUUUGUGGUCUGCAAUUGCUGCCCGUAGAAUUGAACGAUCCGACUGGCAGCCGAUAUCCUCAGCAGCAGGAAAAUUUAAUUGCUGAAGCCUCGCGUUUAUUAGACAGCUUAGCUGAGGGCCUAGAGAGUACGAAUUUUAAGUUUAGUGAGCCUUAUGAUUCUACAGUAUCCGAUGUUAUUAAGCUAUUAACCGAGAUGGAAUAUGAAUCCUUGGAGAAACUGUAUACGGAAGUUGAUAUUGGUACCUCAUACCGUCAAGAAACUAUACGCAAUAUAUUUCAUGAAAUUAUACCGAGAAUCGGUACUAAAGCGUCAGUCUUUCUAACACGUUAUCUGGUUGUGGAGAAAGAAAUAAAAUCGACUAUAGCGGUACAACUUUUAGUUUCCAUGCCAUUUCAUAUAUUCGAAUUAUCACAUGAUUUAGUGAAAGGUUGUGAAGUAUUCUUAACUUUGGGACCUGAUAGACCUGAUGUAAGGCAGGCAGCCAUCUUAAGCUUUGCAACAUUAAUUUACAAUGUACACGAGGCCGGUCGCAUUAAUAAAGACGCCUUUGAGGACUACGUGCAAAAAUAUUUCAAUUUCUAUUUGAAUGCUCGCGACUAUGACAACAAAAUGUUAUAUUUGCAAGGCUUAAGUAAUCUACAAGUAGGUAAUGUGGCAAACUAUUUGGACCCGAUUGUUAGCAAUGGUGAAGAAAAUCAAGACAUUAAGUUUUUGGCCGCUUGGACGACACUUUCGGUAGCCCAAGACAGAGCUGAAAGGAUUUAUGAAAUUUAUUGGCCAAUCUUUGAAUCACGUAAUGCCAGCCUAGAAUUGAGGGUGGCUGCUUUAACCCUCCUCUUAAUAUCGAAUCCGACAGCAGCCCGUCUAAUUAGCAUACAUCGAAUUAUACAGAGCGAAACCGAUCCGCAUAUGAUUAACUAUUAUCGUACCACCAUAACCAGUAUAUCGGAGACAACUUAUCCUUGCUAUCAAAAUUUGAGACGCCUCCUAUCCUACAUGCAUCGUCAUUUGCCGCAAAAGCCCGAGCCACGUUAUUGGAUAAGCGGGAAUUACAUAUUCGAUUAUCGUGACUCUAAAUUCGGUAUUGGAGCUAUGUUACAAGUUUUCUUGGUGGGUGAUCCCAAAUCAGAUUUACCCGUAGUGGCUUACUUACAGUUUGAUACCGAGGCUUUGGGCAAAUUCACUGGCCAAUUAGCGUUAUACAUUAAGGCUCGAGGUUUACCUGAUACUUUAUUCAAAACUUAUAUGAAAACCAAUGGCGAUCCACGGAAAUAUGCGAACAUACGAGACUUAUUGAAAUUGUUGGAUGCUCCGAUCAUUGAUACGAAACCUUUGCAUUUAGAAUUCAUACUGAAAAUGGAGGGCAAAGCCGUGCUGUCUUAUUACUUGAACGCGAAAUCGUAUCAGAAGUUGACGUAUCGCGACAUUAUUGAUCGAAUUAGCUUUCUAAUUAAGGCAGACAGUCAUAUUAAUAUGCAAACGGUACGAUGGCCAUUUAUGACUAAAUACGAAGUGCCCACCGUUUUAGGUACGACGGCCGAUGUUUUGCUCCAAACUACGGUAUUGACGUCAUUGCGCGGCAAUAUAACGCAAUAUCAUCAUCCUAAUACAAUGAAAUCAUCUUUAGAGAUUGAUGCUCGCUACCUAUCGUACGCUUCGUGUCGCAGUCGAAGCUACAAUCCUUUUCUUAACUUGGAUCACGAAAUCAAACGUGAACAGGGCUUUGUAGUCUAUGUACCGUUAAAUUUAGGUCUAAAUUAUUAUGCCAACUCUUGCUUAGAGUACGCCUUUAAUCGUCCUGAAAAUCUUACCAGCGGCUUAGCAUUUAAGUCCAGAUCGGUUACAUCGACCCGGGGAUUAAUUACGAAAUCAGCCAAUGAACCAUUCGAAGAAAUCAUGUAUCCUGAACGGCAGCAUGACGUGUUUCAAUUAUUAAAAUAUGAGAUCAAAGACUUGGGUAUGGCCAUGGCAAUCAAUACAAAUCUUAAUGAGCUAAACAAGUAUCGAGGCAUGCUCUUAAAAUCCGAGUUUAUGGAGAAUGGAUUUUCGCGUAACAUGAUUAUCAAUUUUUUAAUGUACGUAUUUGGGGUGGCUCAGCUCAGUUCCAUACAUUUAGGUCAUGAUCGUAAUUUCACAUUAUUAGUAUCUAAUGAUCAAUAUACACGCAUUGAAGGAGCGAUUUGCUCGGCCGAUGAAUUAAUGGCAAACGAUACACUAUCGCGACAUAUUAAUUUCACUUUAACGCAUACGAACGAUCCUCAAUUAGACGAGAGUAUGCACAAAUGGCUUAUCAAUAUGUAUGUAUUAUCCUCGAAGAAAACAAAUUGGUUUAAUUUGAAAGUUCAACGAAUUACCGCCGAUCUCUCUACUGCAUUGCAAACCGAUUGGAAGGCUUGUGUUAAUAUCACAUAUACACCUUUAGUAUUUACCAAGCGCCCUCAUACAUUGGUCGGUUCUCUGAUAUUCGGUAACGUGACGACGUCAUCGCACAAUGAAUGCCCCGAAAAUGGAUCCAGCGUCUUUUUCAACAGCCGAGCUGGGCCUUCUGAACGAGCCAAAGAAUUUCUAUCAUCUGAAAAUCCUCUCACCGAUACCGAUUUCUGUCCUAAAGAAGUCUUGAAAUUCUCACCUAUACCAACAUCGAAAUACUGCAAACGCAGCAAUUUUGAGAAUUUCACUUCGAUAACGAAAUAUAAAAUGGAUAUGCAGUUCAAUAAUAUGCCAGAAUGGUUUGAUUAUUGGUCGACUCGUCUAGAUCAUUUUGUCUCGUCGUUUUCGCCCAAAAAAAUAGAACGUUUGAAUAUGAGCAAAGAGAUUCAUGUGUCGGUAAACGCCCCCAACGAUUAUUUUUGGUUAACUGUAGAAAUAAAUGGUGUAAAAAAACGUAUUUAUCAUAUACCAUUCCUGCACAAAUUAGAUUCCAAAUAUGAUGCCUCCCAUGAGCUCUCCUACGAUUCCGGAGUGAAACGCUCUUGCUCGGUUAUCAACGGCAUGGUUAAUAGUUUCGACGAUUAUUUAAUCGAUUUAUCCGAUUAUAAUAAAGUUUAUAGGGCGGAUAAUUGUUUAACUCUUUUAGCUGCCGAUUGCAGUCCGCUACGUGAAAUGGCGGUUUUCUUAAUGCCCUUUAAAGCAAACAAUUUAAGUCCCACUUACGGCCUGCGUGUUUAUAUCGGUCAAAACUAUUUCACCUAUAACAGCACAAAAACCAUUGAAUCCGAUAACGAUCCUAUAUACAUCACACUGAACGAGGAUAUCGAGCAUCCCAUUAAUAUACGAAACAAACCCUAUCAAUACCCAGAAGAAGAUGCUUACGACUUCAGGGUCGAAGUCAAUGAACAAAAUAUUUUGCUGGUAGAGAAUACAUUAAUGCCAUCAACCAUACAGUUCGACAUGUCGAAUAUAUUAAAUUUUGAAAUAUAUUCCGUAUAUAAAAAUAAAAUGUGCGGCUUAUGCAGUAAGCCAUUGAAUAGCAUGCGCAACUAUACUCUAUGUUAAAUUUUCAAAUAUAUCCCCAUAUGUUACGUGUCUAAUAUAAAAAAGAAUAAGCUAAUAAAGAGAAACAAUGUGUAAUGUGAACUUAAUGAAAAAGAUGUAAUAAAGAGGAAAAAAAUUAUAGAAUCAUUAUCACUUUUAUUUACUAUUUCAAAAGAUAAAUACGGCAAAAAA